AUGGCUGAGCACAGCAGCAAACCUGCUUGGAGGGUCCAGGCUGGCUCCACCCUAGCCUCGCCCAGUGACAUGAUGACUCUGCCAGAGAGCACUACCGUUCUCUUUAAUCUGAGUUUCCCCGUGGAAUGGAAUCAGUCUGACUCCAGACCGGAGACACCUGACAAGGAGAAGAACUGGCCCGCUCUGCUCAUUUUACUGGUCAUCUUCUUCACUGUGGCGGGCAACAUCCUCCUCAUCCUAGCUGUGUCUCUGGAGAGGAAGCUGCAGAAUGCCACCAGCUUCUUCCUGCGCUCCCUGGCUGUGGCAGACAUGCUCGUGGGCUUUCUCGUCAUGCCAGUCUCACUGAUUAACAUUCUCUAUGACUACCUGUGGCCCUUCCCCAGACCCCUUUGUCCCAUCUGGAUCUACCUAGACGUGCUGUUCUCCACAGCAUCCAUCAUGCACCUGUGCACCAUUUCACUGGACCGCUAUGUGGGCAUCUGUAACCCCAUCAAACACAGCCGCUCCAACUCCCUCUCCAAGGCCAAGGCUAAGAUCGCCCUCGUCUGGAGCAUCUCCAUAGUGAUCUCCAUGCCCAUCCCUGUGAUUGGCCUGUAUGACGAAGGGAAGGUGUUUGUCAAUGGGAUCUGUGUACUGAACGAGCACAGCUUCGUCCUGGUGGGCUCCUUCGUAGCCUUCUUCGUCCCUCUGGUCGUCAUGGUAGUCAGCUACUGUUUGACCAUGCGCGUGCUGCAGUGCCAAGCCUCUGAUUACCUGCACGGAGGCAUGGCUUCGAUCGACCGGCCUACCUUACUCGGCAUCACCCCAAGGCUCCCCGCAGGGGACAGUCUUAGCCUCCUCAAACAGGACCCUAGUACCGAGGCCUUGCCAGCUGUUGCAGCCUCCAAUAUUUCCGUCUCUCAAGCCUCCUCGCGGCCUGUCUCUCCAGCAGGGAGGCAGGAGCCAGGGGGACCUGGCGGGAAACCUGGCGUGGCUCAAUCACUCAAAAAUGAGAGGAGAGCCUCCAAGGUCCUUGGUGUGGUGUUUUUCCUCUUCCUGACGAUGUGGUGUCCGUUCUUCAUCACCAACGUGCUGAGCGUGUUGUGUGAGGACUCGGUAAUAAGCCUGUGCAAUAAGCCGGUGUUGGCAGUGCUCCUAAAGGUCUUCGUUUGGGUGGGAUAUGCCUCCUCUGGUGUGAACCCACUGGUCUACACUCUAUUCAACAGGACUUACAGACAGGCCUUCCACCACUACCUGCGGUGUAUCUACCACAGCCCGCCAGCCAAGAGCACCCCAGCCAACCCUGUCUUUCCUGUUUAUACCGUCACCCCUAUUCUCUGCGGGAAAGAUGCCAACGGCUGUAACUGUAGCAGCCACAAUGGGAAUAAAGGCCGAAUGAGGUUGGAGAGAGUGGGAAAAUGUUCUGGGAUGUUAGGGAAGUUGGUCAGUGUCUGCCCCACCCCCGCUGAGCAUGUCAGCUGUGUCUGA